CAUCUUCAUCGUCGUUGAGCAUCGCUACCAUACCAAUACGCCCUUUGCGCUCCUCACGUGUGACGCGAGAUUACUACUGCAAAUCUGGUCGCAUUCCUUUCACUGGCGCGUUUUUGUGCCCUGCCUUCUAUAUAAGAAACAUGGACGGCAAGAACUCUUCGGGACGCCGCGUGUCAUUGUUAAACGACGGGCCUGAGGCACCAACUUUAGUUCGCCUCCCCUCUAUUACUCCUUCUCUCCGCUCGCGCACGUCGAGCUACACCUCUUCACCAAUUGGCUCGCCGCCAACGCCGCGAUUAAUUCGCAGCGAUUCCUCGGAUUCAGUCACAAUGCAAACGCCCUCGCCCAUUACCCCGGAGUUUGGACCCUUCGACGGCCUUGCGCAGGGUCUCUCUUCACCCAACUAUGCGCAACAGCAGUAUUUCGAUAUGCAGCAGAACGGCAUGCAGCAAAAUGGCCUCCAGCACAAUGGAAUGCCGCACAACGACAUGAAGCCAGAGAACUUCAACGCCUACGGACCUCAGAUCGUUGGGCAGCUUCCUUACCACACACAGCCGCCUCAGGUUUUCUACAGGCCAACCAACAUCCCAGAGCAGGGCAUUGCUCCUCCUGCACCUGCGCCUGCCAACCUACGGCCGAAGAAGAACAGCUACCCCUGCCCAAUGGCCAAGCAGUACGGAUGCACCGACUAUUUCACCACCUCUGGACACGCCGCCCGCCACGCGAAGAAGCACACCGGCAAGAAGGACGCGUUCUGCCCAGAAUGCAACAAGGCUUUUACGCGAAAGGACAACAUGGAACAGCACCGACGCACCCACCAGAGCGGCCGCAGCUCAAAGGGCAGCGAACAUGGAGUGAAGAAGUCGUCAAAGCCUGCAGCCAAGCGCCCAAGGCCAUCUCCCCUUCAGUCCUCUGAGCCAAGUAUGUCGCUCCCGAACCUCGAUCCUCACCUUUCGCUGAGCCCAGAUGCAACAGCCUUCAUGGCACCUGCUGUGCAACAUGUCGACCCGCUCUCGGACUACUCUCCCAUUCAACAGCAUCGAUCUGCAUACCCCGACCCUACCCAGUACUCGAUGAGCCACGGUUACUCGAUUGGGUCCUCUUCAGGUCUCGAUGCACUUGCCAUUGCGGCAAGCGGGGAGAAGCGCAAGUUCGAGUAACUUAGUGUUUGCAUUCCGGUGUUUACGGUUACCGUUCCGCUUUCGUUUUUCUCUCCCUCGCCACAUUUAGCACGGCGCAGGAGGCCUUUUGGAAUUUCACGGCGUUCAAAACAUUGUGAGCAAAAAAUAGACGCAAACGCCGUCAUGGCUACGAAUGGAGUGAGGGGUCUGCUACGGUCGCCCCCACGGGCGCAUCCACAGCACUGAUAUCCCAUCAUUUUUUCUUUUCUUCAACUUUCGGCCUCGGCUUAUUACUUGGUCUCGACGAAUGGAGUGAGGGGUCUGCUACGGUCGCCCCACGGGCGCAUCCACAGCACUAAUGUCCCAUCAUGUAUUUUUCUUUUCUUCAACUUUCGGCCUCGGCUUAUUACUUGGUCUC